AUGGGAGGUUCACUAUCGCGUAUCUGGUCCCUGCUCUGGUCCAAGAAGGAGAUCCGCAUCCUGAUUCUAGGACUUGAUAACGCCGGAAAGACCACGUUGCUGUACAGACUCAAGAUUGGUGAGGUCGUCACUACGAUACCUACAAUCGGUUUCAACGUUGAGUCGGUCACAUAUAAGAAUCUCAAUCUUAAUGUCUGGGAUCUUGGUGGCCAAACUUCUAUCCGCCCAUACUGGCGAUGCUACUACGCCAACACCGCCGCAGUGGUCUUUGUCAUCGACUCCACAGAUAUUGAGCGAUUAGGGACUGCGGCAGAUGAAUUAGCAGCCAUGUUGAAUGAGGAGGAACUCCACGACGCGGCAUUGCUGGUGUUUGCCAACAAACAAGAUCAGCCCGGUGCCAAGGGCGCAGGCGAGAUCUCAGAGGCUUUGAAGCUGGGAGAGCUGCGGGAUCGAAACUGGAGUAUUGUCGCUUGCUCUGCCAUUGAUGGCAAGGGUAUUAAUGAAGGAAUGGAUUGGCUGGUGCAAACAAUCCAGUCCGAGAAUGCAUGA